AUGCACUUUGCAUCGACUCCUUUGAAACAGCGAUCGCUCCGAACGACAGUGUCACGGAUCCAUCUCAGUCAGGAGCAAGGCUGGCGAGCCACUGGAAGUCUUUGCGGCCGCAGCCAGUCGCGCGCAGAAACCACUGCAGAAGUGAAGGAGCCUGGCCGAGUCUUCUUGGAAGUCACGACGACGCGGUCUCCGACGGAGUUCGAUGCGAUUAAGAAGGAGAAGCCGAACAAAGUGAAAUGUGAUGCGGAUGAGAUAGAAAUAUUUAGCCAACAGGAUGGAAAGUGGAUUGGGGAAGAAAAGAUGUCGGCAAGCCUUCGGGACACAGACGAGCAGCUGCGAGUGAUUCUCAGCUGCGCAGUGGCCUGA